GACUCUUUAUAUGCAAAUGCAAAUACAAGUCAGGACAAAAUUGUAGAACACACACGAGAACUAGAGCAGAUUAAAUUAACACUGUGUCUGUCUGCUCUAGAAGACUUUUUUAGAGCCAUUAGAAGAGAAAACCUUGCCUUUUUUUUUCACAUUAGAACAAAAACCACAAAUGCUUCUUAGAGAAACCAUUCGCAAGACCAGGGUUUUAUUUCACAAGACCCUCCGAAGCUUCAAGUCUGUCAUCUUUGGAGGGUACCAAAAACUUCCCAGAUCUCUCUCCUUCAAUCCUUUCGUCGGUCGAAGUGGAAAUGCAAGAACUUACACAAGCGAGCAAUUCUACAAUGAGUUUUAUGACAUGCUGCAGUCUGAUCUGAACAGAAUAAAGAGGAGUGAUAGCAAUAGCAUGAGCAGGUCGAGAGAGCAUGCAAUUGGAGAUGCUGUGAACACUGAAAUUCUUAGGAAGCAAAGUUCACAAAAAAGCAUUGCUGAAGAGGGAGUAGUAGUGGAAGAGAAGAAAAACAAAGGGAGCUGUGAAAUGGGAAAGAAGGAAUGCUUGAAUAAUUCAAAAAGCAUGAAUGAGGGAGUUCAUGAUUUGGCGGAAAAGAUGAAGGAAUUGGAGAUGAUGGAUACGGGUGAUGUUGAGCACGAGCUAGACAUUGAAGAGGCACUCCACUACUAUUCACGUCUUAAAAGUCCUGUUUAUUUAGACAUCGUGGACAAGUUCUUCAUGGACAUGCACUCUGAAUUCUCUGUUCAAGAGUCCUCUAUCAGUGUCAAACGCUCUAAGUCAAAGGGAAGGCCUGACUCAAUCAGGUUGUAGAUAAGAUCAUUUUAAUGCAAACAAUGUUCUAGUUCUACUGUUUUCUCUUACUAUUUUGUGUCUUUGAUUUUUACUUCUCUUCUCCCAGUGUGGUGCUGAGCGAUUUUUAGUUUGUUUGGUGUGAAUUACUGCUAUUUAUACUUUUUUUUUUUAGUUUCUGGUCAUUUUCAAUGUUGAAUUAAAUCUAUAUUGUACACUAUAAAAAUGAAUUACUUGAUAAUAAUCUUUAGCCCUGUUUGUCAA